AUGUUUCGUUGGUUUCGUCCGCUAUCUGCUCCAGACGAGAUCUAUGCGUCCAGUCUCCAGACGCUUCAUCUCGGCCACGCCCUCUGGUACCCCGAGCCGCACGAGUCAGGAGAGCCGCAGAUCGGCGACGUGGGGUUCAUCCACGAAGGCGCGUUCAUCAGGCUGUUCAACCUCGACCUCUCCGCUCCCGAGAAGAAGGUCACGUUCUGGGAGCCGCCGUACGAGAUCACCGAGCCCCUGCCUCCGGGCGUACUCAAGAUCGAUCGCAGGCACCGACCACUCGUCCCCGACCAUUACUGUAGUCAUGGAGUGGAGAGCAAGGAAUUGCACGCUUCGGCAAACAUAACGGCCGGUGCAAAUGUGUCCGCAGCGCUUACUGCCAACUACACAUGCAAGGCGGCUCAAGGCGCGAUUCUCGCGCUCAAGAGUGAAGCUCACGCCGAGACCGUGUUCGAAAAUGCGGUCCUGGAGAACUACAUCGCCCGGCAUCACGACGGGUGGUAUGCGUAUGCCAAGGACGUCCUCGGUCACCGAUUCAAGCAGGAAAGCCUUAUCGUAGUCCGCGGCUGGGUCAAGACAGAGGCGGAUUGGGCCGUGGCUGCCUUCAGCAACGCCAGCACAAGUGUCAGCGCUUCGGUCGAAGGCAACGCUGGCGGCGUUGCGGGGGCUGGAAUCGGCGGGUCUCACUCGAGGUCUGUAACGGGUCCACGAGUGCAACGGCAGGGUCGGGACUACCUGGCGGACGCGUCUCGCCCCCGUCCCGCAGAGCCGAUCAGGGACCAAUGCGUCCUGGUGAAACGCUACAUGCUGCGAAAGCGGCUGGUGAUUCUGAAGAAGAUCGUUGCGGGUGCGGACUACCACCGGCUUCCGGGUGCGGGCGACGAGCGAGGUGGAUCGGGAGGGAAAGGAGUCGUGGUGCAGGAGGAAGAGGAUCUUAUCGACGCAAAUAUGCUGGAGUUCAAGGGCGAGGGCGAAGCUCCCGACCUGCUGGAAAUCCUUCUGGACUACAUGCUGGAGGUGUGUCCACCCAAGCCUAGCGAUGUCUGUUCCGCUAAGUGA